AUGAUCCCUUUUGCAUAGCCUUAAACAUAAUUGCCAUUAUUAAAAUUAACUUUGAAAAUAUUUCUACCUCUAUAUACAUAGAUUGAUUAUGAAGGCAAACGUAUAGAGUUAUUUGUUUUAUUUAAUAUUAUUAGUUAUAUAGGCAUAUUAUUUAUGAGAUUUAAAUACCCUUCUAUAUAUAAUAAAAAAGUAUAAAAUUUUAGUAUUUUUUGUGAAUCUUUAAUGUUUUGGAUAUCUUUAUGUGUAUUAAUAACAUUAUAUAUAGAUGAGGGAUAAGUCGAUAAUAUAGGAUUAUUGUAUUUGGUUAUUGGAAUACCGUUUAUUUGGAGUUUUUAUAAUUCAUUAAUAAAUUAUAGGAAUUUAUAUAUGAUGAGAAAAAGUAUAAAAAGUUUCAAAACAGACCAAGAGGUAGAAAUGUAUAUAAAUAUAUUAAUUGAAAUGAUUGAAAAUCGUGAAAAUCCGUAAACAAGGAUUAUUUUGGAAGGAAUUUUGAAGUUUCAUAGUCGAUAAUGUUUCAAAGAAGGCUGCUUUUGUCAUUAAUUUUUAAUGGAUGAUACUAAGGAGGAAGAAGUGUAGAUUUUAUAAAAGAAAUGGUAUAUAUUUUUGAAAAAUAUAAUUGAAGAUAUGCUUGAAAAGUUUAAUAAAUCAAGUCGGUUGCAUCUCCUACAUUCUUAUAUACAAAACGAGAAGUUAAAAAAUAAAUUCAAAGCACUUAUAGAGCUUAUGAUUAUUAUAUAAGAAUUAAAACCGAAUAUUUAAUAAGAAUUUUAGGUUUUUAGAUUUUGUUAUUUAAUUGAAGAAGAAAUUAUUGAAAAUGACCAAAAAGGAGGAGAAGGUAAAAGCGUAGAUGUGAAUAAAAUUGUGCUUUUUUAAAAGGAAUUUAUUAAUUUUUAACAUUUGAUUGCUAGAAGUGUAUAACUUCAUUUGGAUUUCUGGAGAGAAUUAUUAGAAGAAAAUCCUGAAAUCCAAAAGAUUUAAUAAACGGGAUAAUAAAUAACUUAGACAGUAGAAUAGGUAAAUGAAAAAUUUUAGAAAUUAAAAGAAAUUUAUUCAUAACAUAUAAAAUGUUUGGAAAUUUAUGGAAAUUUUUUAAAAAAUAUUGUUAAUGAUAAUUAGGAAGGAGAUAAAAUCCUUGAUAAUGUCAAUUAUGCAAAGAACUCUUAGAAUAUUAAUAAAUAAUUCGUUGAUUCUGAUAAAUUAAAAUACGGAGAAAACUCAAGUACAUCCAUUAUUACUUGUUCUAGUAAUUAUAAUUAAAUUGGUAUAGUUACUAAUGUUAAUAAUGAAUUAACAAGAAUAUUAGGAUGGUCAAAAAGUGAUAUUAUAGAUUAAAAUAUUUAUAAGAUAAUGCCUAAAGUAUAUGGGGAAAUACAUAAUUAAUUAAUGAGGAGAUACUCAGAAACCUCAGAACCGAAAGUAAUAGGAAUAGAAAGACUUGUAUUAUGUCAGCAUAAAAAUUAAUAUUUAGUUCCAUGUACUCUAAUGAUAAAAAUAUUACCCAAUUUAGAUGAAGGAAUUACUAUUGUAGGAUUUAUCAAAGAUGUUGAAAAUAAUACAAACAAUAAUAAUAUAUAAUUGAGUGAAGAAAAAGUACAUUAUAUGAUAUAUAGAACUGAUAAUGAUGCUAUUUAGGGUAUUUCUAUUUCUGUUUUUAACUCUUUUGGGAUUCCUGCGGCUUUAAUGUAUGGAAAUACUUCCGGAAAUCUCGAAUUUACAAUAGAUGUGAUUUGCUAGGAAUUGACUAACCCUGAAAUUAUCGAAUUAAUGAAAAAUCCGUAGGGAGUUUUGGCAACAAUAGACACUACAUAAAUUUAAAAAAAAUUCUUAUUAGAAUAAGAAGAUUCGUAAGACUUAACAAUGCAUAUUUCUUCAGAAAAUAAUUAAAUUCAUUCAUAAUAAUAAUAAUAAAAUAGCAAAUUUAAAAGAUAAAAAGUUCGCGUUUAUCUUAUUGAAUAACAAAUUUUUGAAGAUCGGAAAGUUAAUGUGAUAAAAUUCGUAGAAGUUGAACAAAAUACACUUAUGGAUGAUGUAAAAAGCAAAGCUUAGUAUGCAUAAGAUAUCAAUGAUAUAUAAAUUAGAAAUAAUCUUUAAUCUUAAAUUGAUAAAAAGGAUGUUAAUAGUAUUAUGGAGAAUCAAAAAGUGAACUUUUCUCCUGAAAAUGAUAAUUUUAUUGGAGAAGAUAGGGAAAGUAAUGUAUCUAAUACAACUUUAAAUGAUGAAUUUAGGCAAUUAAAAGAUUUUAAAUCACUUAUUAGUGAAAGAAAUAUACCUAAAAGCAUAAAAAUAUUACAGUCAACUGUUAUUUUGGUAAUUUUGUUUGUUUUUGCAUUAUGUGGAAUUGAAAUUUGGUUUAAAAUUUAAUAAUUUGAUAAAACUAGAAAUGGGAUAGAUAGUAUUUUUUAUGGAUAUUAAAGACAUAAUAUUAUGGCUGAUGUAAAUUAUAUAACUAGAAAACUUUGGUCUAUUUCUAACCUAUAUUAUAGUAAUUAAGAUAUAAUAUCUGAUUAAUUAUUUUAAUAAUAAUAAGAAAAAUUAUAAAAAAAAGUAUUUGAAUUAUAACAUAUAUAAUUCGAAAUUAUUAAAGGUCGAAUUUAUUUAGAAAAAUCGUUUAUUAAACAUCUUGAAGAAAUAUAAUAUAGCAUAUAUUUUUUGUUAUAAAAUGGUGAUAUAAAGCCAUAUUAAAAUUGUUUUACAAAUUCAAUUAUAUAAUAUAUAACAUCAGCUUCAUAAUUAGUAUAUUCAGAAUAUGAUAACUUAUUAAUAACUAAUUAAAUUUUUUAUACUACUUCACCAAAAAACUUUUAUUUUGUAACAAGAAAUGGACUUUUUAUCCUUAGAUAAGGGUCUGAGGAUAUAGCAUAGGAACUUUAUGAUUAUUAUAUUAAUUAAAUAAUGAAAUAUAGGACCAAUUUUCUUACAAUUAUGAUUUUGGGGACUUCCUUGUUUAUUAUUUCUUAGUUUAUAUUGAUUCCGAUUGUUUUUUAGGUUCUAAGAACUAAUACUAGGGUACUUUCAUUAUUUGGUAUGAUAAAUAUAUAAGAAAUAAAAGAUUUGGUUUAGAAAUGUGAAAAAUAUAGUUAGUAAUUUUUAGAUGAAGAGAAUUUUUAGGAAUAAUAAAAAGAAUAAUAAAAUAUAGAAAUUAAUAAUGAAAUAGGAAAAGAGGAAGAUAAAAAUAAUAAUUAGAAAAAUGAAGAAUUAAAGAAAAAAAGGCUAGAAGAAGAAGAGAUAAACAAAUUAAGAAGCGAAAAAUUAAUAAAUUCAAAAGAUAAUAAUAAAAAAAAGGUUAUUUUUUAAUUCUUUUUUGUAGUAGUUUUGUUUUUGUCAUAUUUUAUAAUUUCAUUUGUUUUAGAAAUUAUUUUUUUGAAUGAUAUAAGUACCAUUUUUCAGCAUUUAAACUAUAUAUCAAAGAGGAAUCCGAUAUUGAAAUACAAUCUUUUAUAUACAUUCGAACAAAUUAGUACAAAUUUAAUACAAUAAGACGAUAAUAAAUAAGAUUUAAAAGAAUAGUUUACAUAGAAAAUCUACUAAAAUGAAAACGAUAUAUUUAAUUCUUAUAAGGAAUCUUAUCCUUCAGAAUUCGAUAAAUAUAAAGAUAAUUUUCGUAUUAUUAAUUAUGAUAAUUUAUGUGAAAAUUUUACUUGGGAUAGUCCUUUAAAUGAAAAAGAAUGCGCCUCUAUUGAUGAUAAAAUUAUCGAAAAGGGACUCAGAAUCGCUAUUGUUUCUUAUGCGGAAGACACAAGGAAAUUAUUAACAUAGUUUUGGGGUGGAAGUAGAAAUAAUUUAUAGUAAACCCUUUCUGGAUAAGAAUAUUUAACACUAGAAAAUAUAUAAAAAUAUAUUGUACCAAGUAUUGAAUAUUCAAAUUAACUAUUUAUUGAUUGCAUAAAAUAGUUUAUUAAUAAUUAGUAAUAAAUUAUGUCUAUAAAAUUGGGAGUUUUUAUAUUCUUUUUGAAUUUUGUAUUUAUUGUUUUAUGGAUUCCUUAUUAAAAUAUGCUGAGUUAGAAAAUUUGGAGAACUAAAGGAAUGUUGCAUAUGAUACCUAUGGAUAUCAUUACUAAAGACAAUAAUCUUAAAUAAGCUUUUGCUUCGGGAGACAUUUUAUAAGCAGUUAAAUGA